ACAUACAUACAUACCCAUGUACAACUUCUACACAUGAGUAAGUAAGUCGUUGAGACGUGUUCUCUAUGCACAAAAAGAAGAAAAAUGUAAAAAAACAACUCAAUUUGCCAUGAACUCAAAUAAUAUAGAGGAGAGAGCCUUAACAACAACAACGACGACAACAACAAAAAACACUAACAUCAUGAAGAGACAAAUAGCCUUUACCACUAAUCAGUACAAAUAAGCUUGCGCCAAAUAGGAAUGAACUGGAAGGAUAAAGCUAGGAGUGUGUCAUUGGAAUAAUAAUAAUAAUCGAUUAAUACUUUGCUGCUCCCUAAACCUGCACACCUACAUGCAUACACCUUGUUCAAAUAUAUUCAAGACGUAAAAAUAAUGCUAAAAACGAUGACAGUGAUCCUAGCAACUAACAUAUGCUCAUUAAAGGUUAUCUUGACUUAUUGUCCUUAUAUUAUGUUGCUCUACUCAGUAGUACUGAAUGCUGAUGAGAGAAACUCAUCAUCUACCUCAUUGCCUAAAAGUUAUUCAAAUUUAUUUAACCGGUUAAAUUGUACAGUGGAGUAUAGUAUUCAAUUGAGCAUGAAACCAGAUAUUCAGCAUAAAGAGGAUACACAGUUCCCGCAUACGCCACAAUCACCAGUGCUAAGUGUAGGCACAUAUCAAUGGAUUGAAUUAACUUGUACAUGUUGUUGUAUAUAUUCAGAUUUAUGGAAACGUAUCACGAACACACAGUUAAUACAAUCAUCGUCAUCAUCAGCAUCAACAACUAGCACUACUCAUCCUACAACUCAUCAAUCCUUAGAGCAUAAUAGUAAUAAUAAUAAUAAUACAGAGACAAGUAUGACAACUCUACUGUAUAAGAUUACAUCAUCAAAUGAUCAUGUGAUUGCUUUAUCACUAUCGAAAAAGACUCAUUCUAAUCGACAUUUACACCAUUGUGAUAAUACAACUACUAUGUUUAAUGAAGGUAGUAAUUAUAAUAGUUAUUCUUCUUUUAUUAUUAUAAUAAUUAUAAUUCUAUUUGUACUACAUUAUAUAUCGAAGUGAAAUGUAAUGCACCGAAUGGAUUUUAUGUACACGCAGAGAAUUUAGGUCAUAGUCGGAUAACAACCACAUUAAUAUGGAUGAAUAGUACAUCAAGAAAACAGGUGGACAUGUUAACAAAAAUGUCUGAUUCAUUUGGAAUAUUAGACGAUCAGCAUUAUAAUUAUGAUCAACAGAGUAGUAGUACUACUACUACGACGACGACGUCGAAAACUACAACAAUGACGACGACAACAACAAUAGUGACAAGUCCAGGAUAUAUGAAACAACAUCAAAAACAAUUGCAACAACAAACUCAAUAUCAAUUAGCCAAUAAACUGGUCAAUAAUCCAUUAGAUUCAAAACAAAUAGAAAUUACUGAGGCAGGGAUCUUUGUACCUUCAUCUUCUGCUUCUGAUCUACAAUAUGAUGACAAUCAUAAUAAUAAUAAUGCGUUGAAUGGUACAUGGAAAGCCUAUCUAUGGUUAACAAUUUUAUUAAGACCACAAAAAUUCUAUCUAGCUUCAGAUUGGAGUUCAGCUGUAAUAGCUUUUAUGCUUUCUCUAUCGGUCGGUUGUUGUGAUGAUCCAAUCUUAGUAAGGGAACAGUUGCAUGAACCAAAAUCUAUAUUAUGUGGGAUAUUGUGUCAAUCACUUAUUAUUCCAUUGCUUGCUUUAGGUAUUGGAAUUGUCUACGCGUUAGACAUAGAUCAAGCCUUUGGUUUAUUUAUGAGUUCAACUAUACCGGCUGGUGGAUUGGCCUACUUAUUGACUUAUCUAAGUCAUGGAGAUAGACAGUUAUCUGCAGCGUUGUCAUUGGUAUCAAGUCUAUGCAAUUUAGUGAUCACGCCGAUUUGGGCAAUGACAGUAGGCUGGUAUUGGUUCAAUCGUCCGAUAAAUAUUGGUAAAACAUUUGGCUGGUUAUUGCUUAUUGCUGGAGCACAGAGUUUAGGCACUUUAAUGAGAGGAUGUCGACCUGGUCUGGCACGUGCAAUCUUAACCUGGGUAACCAGACCACUCCUGUUAUUAUCUGGUAUACUACUGGUUACCCUGGGGGUGUAUAUUAAUCAUUAUGCUUUCAAUGAAGUAACACAAAGCUUAAUUUUAGCCUUAUUAACAUUGAUAACUUGUGGAUUUGCAGUUGGUUGGCUAGUAGGCAUACUGAUAAAACAAGGGUGUACAGGAUCACGAACAUUAUCUACGGCAUCUUCAGUAUUCAAUGGUCUAAUAUGCAUGCCAAUGCUUAGAACAUGUGUACACGCACCAGAAGGUGAUUUGGCGGCUGUUGUUGCACUUUGGACAAUAUUUUUUGCACCUAUUCCACUCGCAUAUCAUGCCGCAGUUACAAUUAUGGAGAAAUGGUUAACAAGCUACUUACAAAAUAGAAGAAAAAAACGUGAAGAAGAAAAUUGUAUGGCUGCUAUGAUCGGUGGGAAACAACAUGAAUUCAGUGCGACUUCUGUUGCCGCCGUGGCAGCUGCAGCGAUUGCAGUAACACCUGCUAUCGCAGCUGGAAACCAACACCGAACAAGCAAAAGCAAAACCUCCACGACAUAUUCACAAGAGACAAUGAAUAAUGACGACUACAAUGGAAUCAAUAGUCCGCCAAUAACAACGACAACAACAACAGCAAAGAAAACCUCUUCAGAUACUGUCACAACACCGACUAGUUCUAUGGAUCAUCCUUUAGAAUAUGACAACUAUUUAGACACUUGUGGACUACAUGGAGUGCAUAACGUGUACAAUGAUCAUUUCAAAUCAAUUGAUGAUAAUGAAUUAAGGCUGAGCAUAUUGGCGGCUAACAAUGAAAUAAUGCUGAAUAGCUAUAAACAUAGACCGCCAACAGUAUUUGAAGGACAACAAACACGUGUUAGAAGAGCUAAUUGGCUCACAGAUCCCAAUCAACAACAACAACAACAACCUGAAGAAAUGGAUGAAUCUGCAGAAACAGAACAUCUGAGAACAUCUCAUCUAAACGAUCGUGUAAAUGCUGAUUCACGAAUGUCUAUCACGCAUAACAACAGUGAAGUCAUUUCAGAACAGCAACAACAACAACAGCAAAACGAUGGUGAGGAUCCAUCAAAAACACGAAAAACAGGAUUAAAAAGAUCCAGUGUUCAGCCGACUGUAAAAAAUGUAGCAGAAAAAGAUCAUCGACAUUCUGUUCAUGUAUCGCCACCAUAUACAAACCUUUGAUCCUGGUGAGAUUAUGAGUCAGAUUCAGUUUAAAAGAAACAAAAAGAGAACAUAAAUAAUAACAAGACAAGGAAAUCAUCACUGGUCAUAACUGUAGUUAGCAAACUGUAAAGAUAAGUGCUUGUGUAGUAAUUAAUGGUUUAGUAGUUUCUCACAAAUAUGACUCUAUUUCUUUACUUUUUGCUGGGAAAACCACACUUAUUUAAUUUAUUUCUGAUAAAAAUAAACGAUAUAUAUACAUAUAUGCAUAAAU